GGCUCUCAUGACAUCAGUGGUUGCUGUCUAUUAACCUCUGUGAUAGAAAAGGCAUUCUGGUAAACAUCUGCAGCAGAAAUCAUGAUUCAGACUCAUGGCUUCUUAGAACCUGGAGGAAUGAGGACUCUAGAUUCCCCGCUUCAAAUUUAGUUCCCUCACCACCAAAGAGCCAAACCCAGAAACAACAGAAAAGGUUUUGUUUCCUCUGAACUCUAUACCUUUACAGUUCAUCCAUGGCAUGUGCACUGGCCCUUCUGUGAGAGUAUAGACUCAGUAAGGUCCCUUGCGCUGUUCUCAUGUACAAAGAUCCAACCUAAGGAAGAAUGACUUUAGGAAAUGUCUCUUCAGUGAAAGAAUUUAUCCUGCUGGGCCUCACACAGAAGCCGGAGCUCCAGCUGCCUCUCUUCUUCCUCUUCUUGGGAAUCUAUGUGGUCUCUGUGGUGGGGAACCUGGGCUUGAUUGUUCUGAUUGUUUUGAGUCCUCACCUGCACACCGCCAUGUACUACUUUCUCUUCAACCUCUCCUUCACAGAUCUCUGCUACUCCUCUGUCAUAACCCCCAGAAUGCUGGUGGGUUUUGUGAAGCAGAACAUCAUCUCUCAUGCUGAGUGCAUGACUCAGCUCUUUUUCUUUGCCUUCUUUAUUAUUGAUGAAUGCUAUAUUUUGACAGCGAUGGCCUAUGACAGAUAUGCUGCCAUCUGUAAGCCCCUGCUUUACCAGGUCACCAUGUCCCAUCAGGUCUGCCACUUGAUGAUUGUGGCGGUGUAUGUAAUGGGGUUUGUUGGUGCCAUGGCCCAUACAGGUAGUGUUUUAAACAUGACCUUCUGUGAUGGCAACAUCAUCAAUCACUAUAUGUGUGAUGUACCACCUCUCAGGAAACUCUCCUGCACAAGCACCUCCAGCAAUGAGCUGGUGGUUUUCAUUUUUGUGGGUGUCAAUGUAAUAAUACCUACAUUGACUCUCUUUGUUUCUUACACCUUGAUCCUUUCCAACAUCCUCAGCAUCCAUUCUGCAGAAGGUCGCUCAAAAGCCUUCAGUACCUGUGGCUCCCAUGUAGCAGCUGUUUCUCUUUUCUUCGGAGCUGUAGCCUUCAUGUAUUUUAAGCCUUCUAGUGCACCUGUAGAUGAAGAGAAAAUCUCUACCAUUUUUUAUACCAUUGUGGGUCCAAUGCUGAAUCCUUUCAUCUACAGUAUAAGGAAUAAGGAUGUCCACAUUGCACUGAGAAAAGUUUUGAAGAGAAUUCUUUUACCUAAGUAGAAUGUGUACUUUUUAUGAAUGUAUUUGCUAAGAAAUAUGAUGUUUACGACUAGUGAGAAGACUGGAGAAGUAGUUCAUCGUUAGAACAUUUGUUUACAUUCCUAUGGCUCUGAGUUUUCCCCAAAAUUUUGUAAACUAAUAAUUUGAACAACUAAAAAACAAAUAUUUCAAAACAAUAUUUUGAAAAUAGUGUUGAAUCAAAAUUAUUUGAAACUAAAUUAAUUAUUGAGGAAAUUUCAGAAGUGAAAACAGUGAAUGAUGAUUAACCCAUUUUUUAAGGAAGAGAGAAUAGUUUACUGUAAUUUUCCAAAAUCAUAUUUAUCUUUCUCAGUAUUGAAGACUGAACAAGCAUAUUUGUGUAUCUAUCUAUCAGUACAGUUCUCUCUAUCCUUAGAAAUCAUGAAGAUUUAUCUAAAAACCACCAAAUAAUAUUGUACUUAGAAAUGUAAAAGUCAAGAAUUUUUUUACCUGUAUAUAUUUAUUUUAUUAUUUUUUAGUCUGUGUGUGGGGGCGUCAUAUCCUGACCCUUUUUCAUUCUUGGCAAGUAUCUGUCCACAUGGCUACAUCAUUUUUUAUUGGAUUUUUUAAACUUAUAUUUCAAAUGUUAUUCCCUUUCCUGAUUUCCCAGACAAAAGCCCCCUAUCCCAUCCCCCUCUCCUUCUUCUAUAAGGGUGUUCUCCCAUCCACCCUCCCGUUUCCACACCCUCCCCCAACAUCUCAAUUACUACUGUGGUUUGUUACAUUUACAAGUUUUAUGUGGCUAUCUCAGAGACAGUGUCUCACUUCUUCACUUAGUAAACCUCUGGUAUGAUUUAAAGGAGAUUUCAAUUUAAAGACUUUUUUGCUUCCCAUAAGCCUGAAGUCAGGAGAUGAUGUGAAUGCCCUUUCAAAUUUUGUCUAUUUCAUCAUCUUAAAGCAGUUUCAUUAAGAGGAAGUAAAAAGUCUAUUGUAAUUCUGCUGCACUGAAACAGUAACUUUCAUCAUUCAUGAUAAAGGGAACCUACACUAGGUUUUCCCCUCAUGGAAUUGAGGGCAUAUUUGUGAAUAUAGGGACUUGCUAUGUCUUCAUUGGAUAGAUUAUGACUGUAAGUUCACUAUGUGAUGGCGAACAUUAUAUUUUAAGUUUAACUCACUGUGUUCAAUAGAUUUAUGAAACAAAAUUUUCUCUAGACUGAAAGCUCCAUGGGCCCAAGUGUAGAUGGAAAGUUAAGGAAUGUUAAGAACUCCUUCUGCUCAGUUAUAAGGAAAGUGUUGUUUAUCACAACAACGGUCAAAAUGUCAACCACUGCUCCUGCUUCUGUAACCAAAGCUUGCUUGUUCAAAAUAACCAUGAAGUAUGCCAGACAUAUGUUUGCUAAAAGCUGUGAUUAUGCUGACACAUGGCUGCACUUAGACAAGGAUACAUGUGUGUAUAUCAACAGAAUGUAACCUCCUGACUGCAGGAUGUAUGUCUGCACAUAAAUGGAAUGUAAGCAUAUGUUUUAUUGCCAUUAUAAAGCCCUGUCUUACGUGGCUUGGCAUGACAUCAUGGAAAUGCCGAGUCCUAGGAAUUAGGACUCAGACAACAGCUGGAGCUACCAGUUUUUAUGACUUGUUUUGCAGUCCUGAAGGUUCUCACUCUGGGGAUAUAUAUAUACACACACAUAUGAGAAACCCAGUGCUUGGGGAAAAUCACCAGCAGUUUCUCCAUGCCAAGAAUGUGGAAAAGAAAUAUCUAUAUGUCUUCAUAUGUCUUUAACAGUGUAGUCUAGCACCCUGUCUGUAGCAUGCUUUUUGGUGGAAUUAAGGAAAGGCUGUGCCCAGAGUUAAUUUUCAAGUCAGAAGCUCAGUCUAGACACUGCUCACCCUCAUUGUUUAGUUCCAUAAGGACUCUUGGCCUGGGUACAGAGAAAUUGGGAUGCUCCUUACCUGAGGGAGCUGCAGCAAAAAUUGAGAUGAUACUUGGCUGCCUAGUAUAUGAAUGAAGGUGUCCCCUAAAUGUUUGUUUUGAUAUGAUUUCCACUGACUGAAUGAACUCUGUCUUUUUAAGCUUCUGUUUGAUCAACAUGUAUUCUUUUUAUGGUUUGCUCAUAAGUUUGUUGCAGUGUUGAAUAGUUUUUUUGUUGUGUUGCUUACUGCACUUGAGAAAAUUAAAACAAUGGGUCAAAUCUUUGAUUCAUCAAAC